AUGACAUCUGGUAGACUGGCUGUGUGUUUGGUCUCCAAACUGGGCUAUGGUUGCAUGGGGCUUACUGGAGUUUACAAUUCUCCUCUUCCAGAAGAAGAUGGAAUUGAAAUAAUAAAGUAUGCAUUCAGUAAGGGAAUCACAUUCUUCGACACCUCUGAUAUAUAUGGUAUAGACCAUGCCAAUGAGAUAUUGCUAGGGAAGAAAAAGUGUGAAAUGAGGGGUAGUAAUCAACUUCUAAGAAUGGCACUAAAGCAGUUGCCUCGUGACAAGAUUGAGCUAGCCACAAAAUUUGGUUUUUUCAGAGGUGGAGGUCCCCAAAUUGUGGUGAAAGGCACUCCUGAAUACGUCCAUUCCUGCUGUGAGGCCAGCUUGAUGCGGCUUGGUGUGGAAUAUAUUGAUCUCUAUUAUAUACAUCGGAUUGACACAUCAGUACCUAUAGAGGAGACUAUGGGAGAGCUUAAAAAGUUGGUGGAAGAGGGUAAAAUAAAAUAUGUAGGCUUAUCUGAGGCAAACCCAAACACAAUAAGGAGAGCUCACGCUGUCCAUCCUGUUACUGCCUUACAAAUGGAAUAUUCUAUUUUUACUCGUGACAUUGAGGAAGAAAUAAUCCCUGUUUGCAGGGAACUUGGAAUUGGCAUUGUUCCAUAUUCUCCUACUGCUCGUGGUUUUUUCGGAGGCAAGGCAGUUGUGGAAAGUAUACCUGCAAAUAGUUUUUUGAUAUCACAUCCAAGGUUUUCAGGAGAGAAUUUGGAGUGCAACAAGAUCUUUUACACUCGAAUUGAAGCCUUAGCUAAAAAGAAUGGGUGCACCCCUAUUCAACUUGCACUUUCUUGGGUUCUUCAUCAGGGGGAUGACAUGGUGCCUAUUCCAGGGACAACUAAAAUUAAGAACCUGGACGAGAAUAUUUGUGCUGUGAAAGUGAUGCUCAGUGAUGAUGAUCUAAAAGAGAUUUCUGAUGCAGUGCCAUAUAAUGAGGUGGCAGGGCCUAGAGUUGGGGAAGCUUUAUAUCGUAUCUCAUACGUGUUUUCUGAUACACCUUUGCCAAAAGAUUCAAAAAAUUUUUCUUGUUAUGCUGGCAAAUAUGUCAAAUUUGCCAUAAAGGAAGCGAAGCAAGAUGAUAUGGUUGGAAUGUUUCUUCUGAUAAGAGAUAAUAUAGCGUGA